AAUAGGAACCGGAGGUGGGGGCGGUGUGGUCCUCUUUGGUUGGACAGUUCUCUUUGGGUGCCCUACGUGCAAGGAGGUGGAAGCCAAGGUGGAGGGAGAGCAAAACGGCUGCAACUCUGUCUGUCUUUCGCACUCCAGGCGUGAAUGGCCCUUCUUGCCGCUGCUCGGCACAAUCAGAUCCAUGAAGGCUUCUGCAGAGCUGGGAAUCCAGGCCCUCCAGUUGCAACGUAGGGGGAAAGGCUGCCGGGUCAAAGCCCAGGCCUCCUACGUGGAUGAGUCACUUUUUGGCAGCCCAGCUGGGCGGCCGACCACGAUAACGGAGUUCGAUCCCCCGUGGGUGGAUAAUAAAGCCCGUUCCCAGAGACCCCUGCUAUGGAGUCCGGCAACGCCACAAUGGGAGACCGACGCCAGUCCCUCGGAAGUCUCUCCGCCAUCAAGCACUCCGAGAAAGAGACAUAAAUACAGACUGAAAAGCCACACUCCGUCCUAUUGCGAUGAGACCCUGUUUGGGCCAAAGCCAGUGGGGCAAGAAUGGGCAGCUCCCUGGAUGGCGAAACGGGAUGCGGCUAAGCUCCGCCCUUUGCUUUGGACUCCGCCUUCUGCUCCGAGAGACCGGUCAGUCCUUUCCCUUCCUCCGAAGGAGACACCGCUGAGAGCCAUUAAUCAGGCAACGCCAAACUUGCAGGAGAAGGAAAGGUUUGGGGCACAGUACAGAGGAGGACACUCUUUUCGGAAACAUCCAGAGAGCUACUCAGAUCCGGCCAGCCGGGGUGUCUCCAGAAGGCCACGUUCCCAGUCCCUUACAAGGCUGUGUAGCAGUUCUGAUCAAUUUCAGCCCUGGAUAAGCAAACCAAGGACAGGUAUGCCACAGGAUCCACUCCUCCCAGUGGCCUCCACGGGGUCUCUGUCCAGGUCAUGUUCAAGAGAUCUUUCUGGGUCAUCAUCCGCCAGGAUAACCAGAGCUGCAAGCAUCUGUAAACCCAAACCUCCCUGGAAAUAAAAUUGCUAUUCUCACGUAUGCCGCUUGCGUGUAGGGGAUGAAAGACCACCAAUAUACUACUACUACUACUAUAAUUUUGUUGUUUAUUCGUUCAGUCGCUUCCGACUCUUCG